GCGACGAAAUUGGUAUUACAUCGCAUCAUUUUUCUUGAACGUUCACAAAAUACAGUAUUUCGUAAGUAUAAAGCAUUUAUUGUAUCGUUUCUUGUGUUUUAAUUCGUUUCUUAUAGUGCAUUUUGCUCCUUGAAUUAAUAAACACACGUUAAUUAGCGCCACUUUUACAUUUCAACUUACUACUUUUGUGAUGCAACUAUAUACUCUGAAUAUAAUGUGCUUUGAAUAUUGGCUAGUAUUGUACUGUAGCAAUGUUUCUAACUGUUUGAAAAAUGGCUUUUAUUUGUACCGUAGAAUACGUACUUUCGUUUUUAGUAUAUAAUUUCCGGUGGGGGGCCCGCUUACUAAACCGCUACUUUAAACAGUAUUCUUCUUCGUCCUUUCACUUGCACAUUUCAACUUACUACUUUUGUGCUGACACUGUACUCUGAAUAUAAAGUGCUUUGAAUAUUGGCUAGUAUUGUACUGUAGCAAUGUUUCUAACUGUUUGAAAAAUGGCGUUUAUUUGUACCGUAGAGUGCGUACUUUCGUUUUUAGUAUAAUUUCCGGUGGGGGGCCUGCUUACUAAACCACUACUUUGUUAAACAGUAUUCUUCUUCGUCCUUUCCUGUAUUUUUCUUUAUCCCCAUUUGUCUGAAUAACUGUGUUGUUGAUAUUUGCAUGGCCGUUGCAAAUCUUACAACAUUCCUUUCAACAUCAAUUGAAAGGAAUUUUGUAAGAUUUGCAACAGCCAUGCAAAUAUCAACAAACAUGCAUGUCCAAGAAAUUUUCACCAUUUGAUCUCAUCUGCUCUUGUGAUAUGACCUGUCGAAACCUCUGCAUAAACUAUUAAUGAAGCUUUAUAACAUACUGUAAUUUACAGUCUUUUAAGAUUGUUUAAUUAAAAUUUUAUUCUCUAGUUCACAAUGAGCAACAUCACAUUUACAAAUGGAACUUCCACUGGGUGAGUGUCUAUACUUGCCUUAUUUAUCCUUUCCCUUACGAAAAAAUCCAAUUGGAAUUCCAGUAGGCAGGGCCGGCGCUAAAGGUGGGGGGAGGGGUAUAACACCCCCAGUCGGGUAGUCGGCCAAAUAUUGAAUCCCAGUUGGCGAAACAUGGAUUUGGAUAGGAAGAAUUCCAGUUUGAAUUCCAUAGGAAUUUAAAUUUUCCUGUUGGAAUCGAUCGAAUUUUGGACAGAAAAAUUAAUUCCAAUUGUAAAUUAGUGUUUAUUGUAAAUUGUAUUUAAUAUUGUAAAUAAUAUUGUUUUUAUGCAUGAGUACUAAUACAGUGAAAUGUUUAACGAAAUGCAUGAAGAGCUAAAUUUUAAUUCUGCUUAUUUUAAGUGUUGAGUGUGAUGUGGACAAAACCUUUUUACCUCACCUCCUUUUGAUACCUGCUGUAAGUUUUAAUGUGUUAUUUUGUUUCUUUGAUACUAUUUAUACUUUAAUCUGGACGAGUAAAAUCAUCUGAUGUGAAUGGACACGCAUGCAGAAUAAAAUAAUGAAGUAGGGUGCAAUAUGCGACUUACUAUGUACCCUAUAUUUAAUUAUUUUACUCCAAUUGACACGAAAUGACUUAGUAUUCUAUUCACAACCCUCACAAUCAUGCUCAGUCUAAUUAAGGAUUGGGGAUAAUGGUGAUCCAGCGCCUAAGCCAUGCAGGCUUGAAAAGCAUGGUUUAGGGGUAGCAGGGCCGGUUUUACGAGCCACGAAAAUCAUGGGUUGGUGGGUUGGUGGGUGGGUUGGUGGGUGGGCUGGGUUGGGUGGUCCGUUCACCCUGCUCACUUAUCCGCUGGAAAGAAACUGAGCUAGAUUUGAGGAUUUCUCCAAUAUUUAUACUUCCCGUGUCGUAACACACACGUGUGCUUGCUCAACCAAGCGUAUAUGGUAAAAUAUAUUUUAAUUUUUACUACGCAUAUCAUUAUAAGGGUUGUGAAUAGUAAAUUUAUACUCAAUCUGUCUAAAUUGCCAGACAAUUAAUAACUCCUCAAAGGGAGAGUUCUGGCAGUGACAGUGGCUUUUCUCCAUCUAAAGAAAAACAGUUUUACUACAAUCUUUGUAUAUCAUUGAUAACUAAAAUGGACAAUCUGGUUCAGGGAAUAAUUAUCACCAUAUUGGCAUUUUUACAACAAAGAAGAAGUUUUAAGAAAGAAGUUUGGGGAGGUCGACCUGGACUUGUUGUGUGAGUAUAAAUAUAAACGAUUUCUAUAAACAGUACGUACUACGUGUUGUUUUAUUCCCUGGCAUGGAAUAAAAUAUGUCUUAAAGUCUUGUACUUUGCACAAAUCUGGACAAAUAAAAUCAUCUGGCACAAGACUGUGUGAGUAAAUGUGUAGUGUGGAUGAGGGAUUGUGGCGACUGUAGGUUAAAAAGAGAUGGGUAGAGAUAGGUGUGUAGCCACAGUGGGACUGGUCUCUCCACCCCUCUCCCCCAGCACUCCUUUGGGACCAGCUUUGAGAGAUGCUUAAAUUUGUUGAGAAAUGUUGGGAGGGAGAGGGAGGAGGGGCAAUUUGCAUUUGCAGGACCCACCCAACAAUUUUUUUGGUCAUGUUAUACGAUUACCGCCCCCCGCUAUGCUACAUGUCUCGUUAACAAGAGUCCAUGCGGUGCAGAUAGCAUGAUAUUAUAAUCAUAUUAAUGCAUGUAAAGCUAUUUUCCCUUCAACGACAAUUAGUAAAAUCAUAGGGUUGAUUGAAGAAUUACUCAUUCAUUGCAUUUCUGUUUAAACACUAAACGAACAUAAAUGAGGGAGCUGCAGGUUUAUUAAGGACAUAAUUACAUCUUGUGUAGGCCUAUAGAUUUCCUUGGCAUGGAUCAUGACCGCCUGGCCAUCAUGUGCGUGUUUGGAGCUGCUACUGGCUCCAUCGUGCUUCUGAUCUCUCGAGACAUUUCAGGAUAUAGCAAUGCUUGGGGAAAAG